GUCGUGUUUGUGUACUAAACCUGUGUGAAUCCGAACUACUAGGUGUUGUUCUAUAAUAAACAUUAAAUCUAUUUGUCCGUCGAUGUGUAGGCUAAGCAGUCCUACGCACAUGAAAAGUGAUCGGCAGUCGACAUGUCGCAAGUAGACGCAGACGAAAACACGGAAUCACCUAUGAUUAUGAAUUCUGGUGAUGGGGUGGAAGAAGGUUUACCUGCACCUGUCGUAUCGUCGCCGACGGAGAGCGAGACAGAGUCCCCGGCAACCGAGUCAAAAGUCACCGGCGACAAGCACAGCAAUAACGUGAAAAUCGACAACAGUAGCAAUUCCGUCGACUCGCCUGGAAGCGGUUCUAGCCCCCGGCAUGCCGGCAUGGAAGUGCUUAUGGGGAACAUCCAAGGUGACAAUGUCAAGUUCUCCAUGCUUGCCGGGAUAGUUGAGAUCGGGCAGGCGGAAAACAAGGAGGUUGUCAACGCAGCAAUGCAACUGAUGGUUGGCGGUCAGUUUGACCUCGAGACCAACUGUAUAAUUCGUGACCCCGAGAACAUUGUGAGACUGUUGGAGUUGCUGGACCACUGCGGCCCAAUGUUACAGGCGGAGAUCUGGAGCAUCUUCACGACGAUCGCGAGGAAGAGCAUUCAGAACCUGCAGGCGUGCGCCGAGGUGGGGCUGAUCCGCCGUGUGCUGCAGCUGCUGCGACGCACCGAGGACCCAGUCGCUGCCUUAGCUAAUCAACGCUGAGGGAGUUUUAGCCAGCUACGCAUCACUGUCAGGAGCUGAAAAUUCUCUUUGGCAUAUUUCAAAC